CCAUCCCGCGUAAGAAACUCUGUCCUCUGGUUCCACACACGCGAAGCUGAAGCUUUUGCACAGGGAGCUGAAAGGUGCUCCAGUUCCAACAACCGAGCUGACCAAAAUUGGGGCGACUCGACUGGGUAGUCGAAUCCCACGACGAAAACAGGCACCCCGGAUCUUGGCAGGGCUUUGCUAGCUUCUUUCGCUAAGAAGAUUUAUCGGAUUAUGCUUAGACAGCCAGAAUCUAAGUCAAGCAACUCUAAUUCAGAGGUUCGUGACGAUGGAAAGGUAUAGCUGGUAGUAUAAGUGCCAUUGCUACCUCCUCUGAAAUUCAAUCCUCUCUUUUCAUUACAACACACCGCUUCUAUCACUUCCAACACUCCUCUACCUCUCAAUCACAGUUUGCCUGUGGCCACCAACCUUCAAAAUGCAGGUCAAGUUCCUCACCAUCAUCACCAGCAUUCUGGCCGCCUCUUCGGUUCAGGCCACUGUUCCUGUGGUCAAUGCCGGUGACUACACUGCUAUCGUCACCUCCCUUAACAACAUCGCUACGAAUACCAACUCUCUGACCACCACCGUCAACAAGCUCAAGACGAGCAACGUUCUUACCACUGGAUUUACUGUCCUGGGUGAUCUGACCAAGCUGGUUCUGUCUCUUGGUUCCGGAACCACUUCCCUGAGCAAUACCCCGGCGCCCGUCUCUGUACAGUCCAUCGCCAAUUCGCAGCUCGUCUGCACGGCUGUCAAGACUGUCACCGACGCUCUGGCCGGUCUCUUAACUGCCCUCAACAACAAGCUUUCCACCCUCGCCGGAAGUCUUCUUGCGGUCCCUCUUUCAAUCGUUGUCGGCCUCCUUGAAAAAGCUAUCGACGCCCUCCAGACCCAGCUUACCAUCUCCACUCCCGCUUGCUCAUCGAGCACCGACUCUGGCUUUGAUGUCCUCCAAACCCUACUCGAUACCCUCACUCUCACCAAGCCUUAAUGUGGCGCCGAGACGAAUUUCGCCCAUGCUAUCAGGGGCGACACAUCGAUCAAUUGGACGUUUGGGGGUUUCAUCUGGGCUAUUACCACUGAAAAUUCUGGAAUCAGAUGGAAUGGAAGAGACAGAACAAUAAUAACGCUAU